UCUAUAUCAAUGACUGAGGAGGCAAUACAACAACCAGUUGAUGCCUAUAAUAGUAUUCUACGGUGAUUCUUUGAUGAUGUUCACACCCUGAAGAAUUAGUAAUGCCAUUGACCACAGGAACAUUCGACCGCUAACAGCAUCCUCGGAGAUGCGGCAGGCUUUGUCACGCUGCUCUGGCUCAAAAUACUCCUAACCUUCCCCGCAAUGACCACCAACUCACCCCUCCAGCCAGCUCUAUGAAACCCAUACCAAUACGCAACAUCUUCCGUGCCCUGUAAGCAUCCCCGUCCAAAUACUAUGGCCACGGGCAUUCUCCAUCCGCCUCCACUGUUCUCCACAAUUCUAUCCAUUCAGCGCAGUUAUAUGGAAUAGCAGACAAUCUUCAAACUUGUGCCCGAGUUUCCCCUCUAAAAUACCUUAUAUCUACUCCAAACCCUCUCUCCCGCCAUUUACUUCCGUCCCACCUCCAGACUGCCACAUUCCCGCUACCCCGCCUCUUUCUGCAUACUCCUCAAUUGCCGCAUAGACCACACCAACACGCUCUCUAUACCUCACACUCCUCCAAUAUGUCCACAAUCGAAGACGCAAAGCGGAACGCCGCUAAAGAAGCUGUAGCAAAACACUACCCGCCAAACCCUAAAUUCGUCGGAAUUGGCAGCGGGACCACCAUUGUCUACGUGGUCGAGGCCAUCAAGGCGCUGGGCGUAGAUACCUCGUCCACUGGCUUUGUACCAACCGGAUACCAGUCGAAUCAGCUCGUUGCCAACGCUGGCUUGACGCCUGUCGCAUUCGAUGCGCUCCCUGAGGGUACCGUUUUAGAUGUUGCGUUCGAUGGAGCGGAUGAGGUAGACGAUGACCUCAAUUGCAUAAAGGGUGGCGGGGCAUGUUUGUUCCAGGAGAAACUGGUUGCGCUGCAGGCGAAAGAAUUUAUUUGCGUAGCUGACUCCCGAAAACUCCAACCCCGCCUCCUAACAAACUGGCCAUCAAUCCCCAUCGAGGUAGCCCCCAUGGCCGUCGGCCGCGUUACCUCAGAGCUCAAAAAACUGGGUAGCCCCCUCCCAAAACUCCGCACCGCACCAGUUAACGCGGGGGAACAGACCCAACCCGUAAAAACCGACCAGGACUUCUUCCUUAUCGACGCACCUUUCCCCAAACUCCUCCUGUCCUCCGACGUCGUGCAGGGCCAGGAUGGUUCGGGUAAGAAUGGCGUCUGGGAAGUCACGGCGCUGGCGGAGAGGAUCAAAUUGAUCCCUGGUGUGCUAGAGGUUGGUCUCUUCUGUGGGCUGACGGGCCCCCAGGCACAGGCGACUGGUGGCAUUGGUGGUCAGAAACCUGUUGCCGUGUAUUUCGGUAUGCCUGAUGGGUCAGUUUCUGUGCGCAAGGCGAGUUAGAUUAAGGGCUGAAGUGUCCGGGUGGUUUUAAUUGAUGUGCAUACUCCCCAGGGUUUUUUUCAUUUGGGUGUUUGUUUAUAACCGAUAAGAUAUCGUUUGUAAUUCUUUAUGGAUACAACUAUGGUGUAGUUUAUGAUACAGAAGCCGCUACGCUUUGAGAGUAUGGCAGGGCAGUCUGUGAAGAAAAAAAUAAUCUGAAAAUAAAUAGAGCCAUAUCUUCCUCAUCCCGCUAUCGAGUUGAUCAAACCUUACACCAACUCUUCUCCUAGGACAUUUGAAAAUCUUUUAAUCAUAAUAAAAUCAUCUACUGAAUUACCUCUUUUUUCUUUAAUAUCAUUUCUGCCCCUUCCCCUUCGCCUCGGUCUCCCCCAACUCCCUAAUAAACACCUUCACCACCCCCUCCACGCCAUCCUCGUUCUCCUUCUCCUUCCCUUCUUCAAACCCAGGACUAACCCCAAUGGCUAAAUACUUCCCAUCCCCACUAAAAGCCAACGCCGCAACACUGGCCGGAUACCGCUGAUACUGUCGAAUCCGUCUCUUCGCCACACCAUCCCAUAGCGCCACAACCCCAUCCCCACCACCAGACGCAAAGGUGCCAUGGACCGGGUGAAACGCCAGCGCGUUAACGGGGUACACGAUAUCGACACCCGGCUCGUCGGGCGACUGCUG